AUGGACAACUUAAAAACGUCUGACGAUCUUACUGAUUCAUCUGUAAAUAAACCAAGACCCGUUCCUGCCCUUAAUCUUACGAACCUCCAAUCAGAUAGUACAAUUGAAAAUACUAAAUCUCACAUCGUUAACAUGUUUCUAGCAGGAGAUCUCCUAUCCCGCUUUCUCCCCGACGAUGAGCAUGUAAUUGAAGGAAUCCGUCUAAAACUAAACAAACUCUCUACAUUUUCUAGUGAUAAAUUAAUUUCCUUUAGUGAAGACCUUGACGAAGUAAUUUUAUCUUUUUCUGCCAAGAUGAAUCAGAUCCCUCCGGAUGAAAUUUUAUCCAAAGCAGCUCGCUUAAAGAACUCUUUACUGUCAAAAGAAGAACAAAAAUCAGGCAGAAGCAACACACCAAGAAUGGUUGAAGAGAUUUCUGUAAAGCAGUUUGGAACUAAACAGGAAGUAUCAAUUCACACCGAAAGUUUGGGGCAGAUGAUCGAAGAAGAACAGGCAAAGGCCCUGCCAGUUUUGUUUACAUUGACUAGAUAUUUUGGGAAUAAUGAGGAUCAGUUUGUGGCGUGGAAUUUGAAUGAGGAAAGUAUAAAGGUGAAUAAAUAUCCUUUGCAUAAAAGAGUUGAGCCAUAUAGCGAUUUAAGGUACAAACAAACUGCACAGGAACUUAAAUUGCUAACAAAUUUUGAUAACUCAAUUUGACUGUUGAGAAAGUCUUACGGAGAUCUAUGCAAUUUGGCAGGGAAAGAUGAACUGGAAAAUCCUGAAAAAGAAGAAUCGAUUGAAAAGAUUUUUAGAGAAAUGAGAAGGAAAACUGAAAUUUUGACAAAGCAGAAUUGCCCCAAUAUCAGUAUAUUAAAUGAUGAGAAUCGAGAAAGGAGUUGUGAGGAGAAAUUUACUCAGUUUCCAGAAUUAAAUAUAGAUUUUAGUUCAAAAAGUGAAAUUGAGUUCGAAUCUCCAAUUCAAGACCAAGAAAAUCGUCCAGAAAUUCCCUUGGAAGAAGAAAAAUCUAAAAUUUUCGAAAGUGACAUUAAAGCUAAACCGCCAAGAGCUCCUAGCCAUCCUGAAAAAGAUAGCAGCCCGAUCAAAGAAAACAAUGAGAAUAAAGAAUUAAAAGAUAAGUCUUCUGAAUCCAGUAUAAGCGACCUUGAUUCUCCAUUUAGUGAAUCUCAAGAUUUUUCUGAAAAAGAAUUAAAGCUAUCAAUUUUGGAAAGCGGGGAUGAAAGUGAUAGCAAGAGGAAAAUAAAAACAAAUAUAAUGAAAGUGACAUUGAAAAGGGUGAAGUCUCUGAGAUUGCCACUAAGUGGCAAAAAGAUUGAUGAAAAGUCAAAACUAUCAAUGAUCCCCGAUAUAUUGCAAGCUAAUAAUCAAAAACCAGUUCCUAGCUCAGAAAAAGGGUCAGGUAUUUCUGAAGAAGUUAAACAAACAGUAAAAAAAAAAUCAACACUUCCUCCAAAACCCAAAAUACGCAGCGCUCCAGGCACCCCACAACGAAAAAGAGUCCCUAAAUGAAAUAACCCACAAGCAGAAAAAAUAUUAGCUAAUCUUUUCAAAAAUAUCGAUCUAAACCUAAAUUCCGCAAAAGAUAAAGCAUUCCAGCUUAGUCUUAGUCUUAGUUAAAUUUAUAGAGUAGCUCCCGGCCAGGACCGAAGGUCCUUUUCUUCCGCCUUUUGGACGCCUCACUUGCUUUCCUUGCCCUGCUCUCAGUGUGCACCUAAGUGCCACAGGCUACCACUCAGCUCCUUCAGGUCAUGGGCUUGGUCAUGCUAUCCCGGAAGUAGGCGAACUGGGUCACCGUGCUUCACGUCGCCAGACUAGGGUUAGAGCUAAGGAUUAACUCCUUAGCUCUUGUCGGCUCCUGCCAUGCCCUCCAAAUUGGCACUAGCAGUCCCUAGAGGAAAAACCCUUUUUGCCCCGUGUCCUAUCGGGACGACCCUAGGAUCGUCGUUGCUGGACUAGGAGGGAAACCUAGCCGGACGCAAACUACCAGUACCCAUUCCAGACCCUUUCCCUGGGCGGAUUGGCUUCAGGCCGCAGCAAGGUCCCCAAUCUCGCCACAGUUCCGGGAGAGGACGGGUCGGUGUCGUCGCCAUUUUAUUUGUGUAAAGCAUUCCAGCUAUGAAAAUUCUCUAGACCCCAAAAAUCCACAAUCCCAUUUGCAAUAGUUGACGACUAUUCUCCAACAAAGUCAAUAUCAACCCCUAUAAAUGCAGGGAUGAUGAGAUUCAGUAUUCAGCUUUCCUCAAAGGAUUUUAAUUUAAUUAGUGAAGAGUGCAAAGCUCAAGCAAGACAAUCAAUUCUUGAAGAAAAAAUGAAAAUGCUAAAAAACAAUUUGAUUAUGGAUCAAUACUCAAAAGUUGAAACAAAAACAGCAAAAUUGAUGAAUUAUUCAAAUAUUUUUACAUUCUUAGAAGAAAUGAUGGAUAGCAAGUAUAAAACUGAUUUAAGAGACUUAAAAGAUAAAAGAAAGCCAAGAUCCAUGACAGAGUUUUUGAUGGAAUUUCUUAAUAGAAGAUUUGGAAUUGAGAAUCUUGCUAUGAAAACACUUUCUCAAAUUUUGCCAACUUUAAAGAAUUUGGUAGAUGAAAACCAUCCAUAUGCCUGCUUUUUCGCAAGAUUAUUACAAAUUUUCCAUCCUGACCCAGUUCCUUAUAAUUUAUAGACAUUUUUUUUGGCCAGGUGACGCCAAAACAAAAAGGCGUCGCCUGGAGGCCAUGGAGCUAGGAAGUGUAAGGGGGUGAGUUUUGCUAACAAAAUUGGGCCUUUCCCUAGGCCCUUGAGGUGUGCAGCAGCAAUUUUGGACGGACUUCACGGCGAGAAGGAAGUGAGGAUGCUUCGUGCGGAGCUUGGGGCGUGAAGAAGGCGCGGAACGUCAUCUCCAGAGCCAAUACCCUCUGGAGUAGAAACCCGUGGCCGCUAGGUCUGGAAGCUAAAGGAACCAGGGUCUCCCUUGUAGAUGGUGAUGUCACCAUUUUUGAGGACGUCACCAGAAAAGAUGGAAACAUAGUGAUGAGAAUUUAAUUUAGCUGGAAAUGAGUUGGCUUGUGCUGAGUGGAAGAUGCUUGGCGUGAUGCUGAUGUGCUGAUGGUGCUGAUGGUGCUGAUGGCGCUAAUGGCGCUGCUGGUGCUGAUGGUGCUGAUUUGGUGGUAACGUAGGGUAGGGAUAAACUAAACUCUUUAUUAUUAUUAUAAUUUAUCUCUCUAUAUUUAGUAAGAGCAAGAAUGGAAUUCCAUCCAUUGAUUGAGAAAGCUGAUAAACUAAAAGAAACAAUUGGCUUCAAUUUAAGUAAAGAAGCUCAACAGAAAAAUACCACACAUGGAAGAGCUCAGUUUGACUACGCAGGAACAGGCGGUGAAGCUAUGGUAAUAGAUGUAAUUAAGCACGCCUAUCUCCUUUUCGAAGAAGAUCCUGAAUCUGGCACAUUAUUUUUCGAAAAAAUUUGUCCAGAACGAGUGAAUUUCAACGAUUUCAUUGCUUUCCUCAUCUCUAACAAAAUGAGGAAAAAAGGCAAGAGACCUGAAGAACUAUUCCAUAAAUUAGACAAGGAACGAACCAACAGUAUUUCUGCCCAAAUCUUUAUAGAUGGUGCCAAGAACGACUUAGAGCUGUGAAUUUCUAAUGAGAACAUUCAAAAUUUUUUCCAACAGCUUGACAGUUCAGGCAAUGGAGAAGUGGAUUUAAAUGAAUUUACAGCAGUAAUUAAUAUUGAUAAAUACACAAAAUGCACCACACAUUUAGACUAUAUUGUAACCAAAGAAAAAUUUUUAAACGCGCUAAUUGAUGUUUACGAGUUUAGGCAGAUAAGAGACGGGGCAUUCUUAAGGCAAACUUUGAUGCAAAAUAGCUUGGUUUUGAUGGACUUUGAAACUUUUGCAGAAACCAUAAAGCUAAUUGAUAAUGAGGUUAGUCAAAGGAAAAUAGAAGAUCUGCACAGUGAAGCUUUAUCAGUAAGUGUAGAACCGCAUAUAGGUGUUGAUUCAGAUGCUUUUGUAAAAAUUGCGUUAAGGCAUGGGAUUGGGAAUUAUGGACUUGGAUCAUUUGCCAUUAGAGAGCUUUUAGAUGCCCUCAGAGAAAGGCAGUUCGUUGUAGAUAUUGCGUUGGAUAAAGGAGAGCCAGUCACAGUAAGAAAAGCUGAUGGCUCUGAUGUAAAGAGAAGCUUAGUAAGAAGCAGAUCUGUAUCUAAUAUUAGUAAAGAAAAAGAUCAAACACCCACUUCUAAAGGAAGCUCAAAUAUUCCAAGAUUUAUGAGGAAAAAUAGUAAUAAAAAUACUCUUGUGUAA